AUGGCAGCCUGACGGUAUGUCGUUUUCCUAACGUUAUCCUGACAGUCUCAUGGAGAAAAAAUCAUAUUAUGGUGACUGCCACCCGGACUCCUCAACAUUCUCACUUUAUCUAUUCUCGAGACAAGAAUUAAUUGUUUGUCAAAGAGUUAGCAUCGGUCAGCUCUCGAUCAUGUCUUUCACGUUACAUCCGCACCGCCUGUUAGGUGUUCUGUGGGAUGGAGUUACAGCUUUUGGUGGGGUCAGACUAGUUGAUGGGGAGAACAAGUGUUCUGGCAGAGUUGAGGUACUCCUUCACAACCAGUGGGGGACUGUUUGCGACCAUGGCUGGGACCCCCGAGAGGCUAAUGUGGUGUGCCUGGAGCUGGGCUGUGGCUUAGCUGAAUUUACCCCUCAUGGUGCAGUAUAUGGUGCAGGCAGUGGACCGAUCUGGCUGCGGCAUGUCCAGUGCUCCGGACAUGAGUCCAGUUUGACACGCUGUGCUGUUGACCUCCACAGUAACGCCUACUGCACCCAUGAGAAUGAUGCAGUGGUGAAAUGCUCAGGUACCCUUUUAAUGCCAACCCUCACCCUGCUGUCACCUCAUACUGUGUUCUCUCCUGGCGAGGCUGUUCGCUUCAGCUGCAGUGUCCUGCAGGGUCACCUCAGUGACUUUCACCUGUACAAGCAUGGAGUGUCUACACCACUGGUUACACAGAGGGCAGACCAGACCCAGAAAAAAGCGGAGUUGACACUGUCCGACAUAGAGACUUUCCACCAGGGCAGCUACAGUUGUCAGUACAGGAUCAAGAGUGGCUUUCCUUCUCAGCUGCUCAGCUCUCCACCCAGCAACUCCAUCAACAUCAUUGUUGUGGAACUCCUGACUCCACAACACUGGUACAACACGUCCACUGAGGCCCCGGCUGGUUCCGUCAUUAAAGGCCACAGUUUUAACAUCACCUGCUCCACCCCGCAGCAGUACCCUGGAGGUUCCUUCCAGCUGCGUCUGAUCCGCUCCAACGGCACAGUGCGCCAGUCCCUGCCUGCCCUCACACCGUCCGUCACUUUCACUUUUCCCAACGCCCAGAGCUCCAACGAGGGCUACUACUACUGCCUGUAUCGGGUCCAGCUGGGUGGGCGCACCUUUGUCUCCAGAGAAAGCCAACCCCUGCCAAUAGCCAUCAGAGACCCAGAUCCAGUACUGAGUCCAAUGGGGAUCAGCUGGCUUGUGUCAGGCCUGACAUUUGUCGUAGCUGUCAUCGUUUUAAUCACUGUGGCCAAGGUGCUGUGUAACAAGGAGAAGAAGCCCACUGAAUUGGAGCGAGAGACCAGAACCUGUGUGGACAACACUUAUGUUGCCUUAUCAAUUAACAAGCUAUGAUGGAGUAUGCAGGCAACAGAUCACUAAAGCAGAAUCGUGAGUGAGUGGACCGUCGGAGGGCUCACACAGCAUCCAUCGUGGAUUCAGGAGACAUAACAGAACCAAACAGCUUGGUCCAUCAUCCACCACACCUUCGGAAAAGUUCAGUACAGUUUGGAUGAGGCAGUUUUUACUGGACUCUAACGUAGACCUACAUCAUACCAAACUUCCGGCUAGUGUUACUGCUGGGAAACAAUGGCUUUUAAGUCUUGUAUUAUGGUGAGAUGUGAGCCAUUGGCCACAGGAGACUGACAGUAAAAA